GGUACGCCAGUUCAAGUCGUGGCUGCUGCCCUUUGCUUCUCUGUCUCGGGGCCGCCUGAGCCGAGUCUGCAGCUAUGUCGGGGUUCAGUCCAGAACUCAUCGACUACCUGGAAGGGAAAAUCUCCUUUGAAGAGUUCGAGAGGCGGAGGGAAGAGAGGAAGACCCGGGAGAAGAAAGUGAGUCUUCAGGAAAAAGGAAAAUUAUCAGCUGAAGAGAAUCCAGAUGAUUCUGAAGUUCCAUCAUCGUCAGGGAUCAGCUCUACCAAAUCCCAGGACAAAGAUGGCAAUGAAGGAGAAACAUCAGAUGGCGUGAGUAAGUCUGUUCAUAAGGUCUUUGCUUCCAUGCUUGGAGAGACUGAAGAUGAUGAGGAGGAAGAGGAAGAAGAGGAGGAAGAGGAGGAAACACCAGAGCAGCCCACUGCUGGGGAUGUCUUUGUACUGGAGAUGGUUCUCAAUCGUGAGACCAAGAAAAUGAUGAAAGAGAAAAGACCUCGGAGUAAACUUCCCAGAGCUCUGAGAGGUCUCAUGGGAGAAGCCAAUAUUCGCUUUGCUCGAGGAGAACGUGAAGAGGCAAUAUUGAUGUGCAUGGAAAUCAUAAGACAAGCUCCUCUGGCUUAUGAGCCAUUCUCUACUCUUGCCAUGAUAUAUGAGGAUCAAGGUGACAUGGAGAAAUCAUUGCAGUUUGAGUUGAUUGCUGCCCACUUAAAUCCCAGUGACACAGAAGAGUGGGUUAGACUGGCAGAAAUGUCUCUGGAACAAGACAAUAUUAAGCAGGCUAUUUUUUGCUAUACAAAAGCUCUUAAAUAUGAACCUACUAAUGUCCGUUUUCUGUGGGAACGAUCAAGCCUUUAUGAGCAGAUGGGUGAUCAUAAGAUGGCAAUGGAUGGUUACAGGCGAAUUUUAAAUCUCUUGUCUCCAUCUGAUGGAGAACGUUUUAUGCAAUUGGCUAGAGACAUGGCAAAGAGUUACUAUGAAGCCAAUGACAGUACUUCAGCUAUUAACAUCAUUGAAGAAGCUUUCUCAAAGCACCAGGGCCUAGUCUCCAUGGAAGAUGUUAACAUAGCAGCUGAACUAUAUAUUUCUAAUAAGCAGUUUGACAAAGCUUUGGAGGUUAUUACAGAUUUUUCUGGAAUAGCACUAGAAAAAAAAAUGUCAGAAGAAAGCACCUCAGAAGAGAAUGAAGCUGUAGAGUGUGUUACCUGCACAAUACCUGAUGGUGUUCCAAUAGAUAUCACGGUCAAGUUGAUGGUCUGCCUUGUACAUCUCAACAUCCUUGAACCACUUAAUCCACUUUUGACAACACUGGUGGAACAGAAUCCUGAAGAUAUGGGGGAUCUUUACCUUGAUGUUGCUGAAGCAUUUCUGGAUGUUGGUGAAUAUAAUUCUGCACUCCCCCUCCUCAGUGCACUAGUUUGCUCUGAAAGAUACAACCUAGCAGUAGUCUGGCUUCGGCAUGCAGAGUGCUUAAAGGCCUUAGGCUAUAUGGAACGAGCUGCUGAAAGCUACGGCAAAGUGGUUGAUCUGGCCCCACUCCAUUUGGACGCAAGAAUUUCACUUUCUACCCUUCAGCAGCAGCUGGGCCGUCCUGAGAAAGCUCUGGAAGCUCUGGAACCAAUGUAUGAUCCUGAUACUCUAGCGCAGGAUGCCAAUGCUGCACAGCAGGAACUGAAGUUACUGCUUCAUCGUUCUACUCUCUUGUUUUCACAAGGCAAAAUGUACGGUUACAUGGAUACCUUGCUGACCAUGCUAGCCAUGCUUCUAAAAGUAGCUAUGAAUAGAGCCCAGGUUUGUCUGAUUUCCAGCUCCAAAUCAGGAGAGAGGCAUCUUUACCUUAUUAAAGUAUCACGAGACAAAAUAUCAGACAACAAUGACCAAGAGACAGCAAAUUAUGAUGCAAAAGCAAUAUUUGCUGUACUCACAAGUGUCUUGCCAAAAGAUGACUGGUGGAACCUUCUUUUGAAGGCCAUAUACACUUUGUGUGACCUGUCUCGGUAUGAAGAAGCUGAGUUACUUGUAGAUUCAUCAUUGGAGUAUUAUUCAUUUUAUGAUGACAGACAAAAACGCAAAGAACUAGAAUAUUUUGGUCUGUCUGCUGCAAUUCUGGACAGAAAUUUCAGAAAGGCAUACAACUAUAUCAGGAUAAUGGUGAUGGAAAAUGUCAAUAAAGCCCAGCUAUGGAAUAUUUUCAAUCAAGUUACCAUGCACUCCCAAGAUGUACGACAUCACCGCUUCUGUCUCCGUCUAAUGCUGAAAUACCCAGACAAUCAUGCCCUGUGUGUUUUAAAUGGGCACAAUGCAUUUGUAUCUGGUAGCUUUAAGCAUGCACUUGGUCAGUAUGUGCAAGCCUUCCGCACCCAUCCUAAUGAACCUCUCUACAACCUCUGUGUGGGCCUGACCUUCAUUCACAUGGCAUCCCAGAAGUAUGUGUUAAAGAGACAUGCUCUUAUUGUGCAGGGUUUUUCCUUCCUUAAUCGAUACCUCACUAUACGUGGGCCUUGCCAGGAAUCCUUCUACAAUUUGGGCCGAGCCCUCCACCAGCUAGGGUUGACACAUCUUGCCAUCCACUAUUACCAAAAGGCCCUGGAGCUCCCUCCACUUGUGCUUGAGGGUAUAGAAGUUGACCAGAUAGACUUACGAAGAGAGAUCGCCUACAACCUGUCCCUCAUUUAUCAGGGCAGCGGGAACACUGCCAUGGCCCAGAAGCUCCUCUACACCUAUUGUUCUGUGUGAAGCAGCUGCUGUGUGCGGAUCCACCUAAGGGUUUAUUGUUCUUAACCUCCCAGUGGGAAUAAACUAGUAUUCUGGUGUAUUUCAGCUUUGCCCUCUGCCCCUUACCCUGAAAGCUACAGCUGUGGGCUGGGGAUGUGGCUCAGUGACAGAGCACUGGACUAGUGUGGGGUUCAGUUGUCAGCCUGUGAAAACCAAACCAAACCAAACACUUCUGAUACAUGUGAAAGAUUAUUGUUCCCGAAGAAAUUGUAUAUUUCUUGUUUUCCGUAACUAUCUAUCCCUAGUACUGAAAUGGAUGGUAUUAGUCUCUUAUCCAGCUUGGAGUUGAACUUAACUAAUUUUUCCUUUAGUUAAUACUUCAUAUUAAACAACUAUAUACCAGGUACAUUGAGGAGGUGCUGGGAGUGGGGUCGUAAGGCAGAGGUGGUCAUGUCCUGCGGCCUGGACGGAGUUCAUCACUGACAACUGAGAGGAUCUCCACUAAACCCAAGUCUUUAUGUUCAUCUGAAAGGAGCGCUUGCUGUCUUCCAGCAUGCAGCAUCAUUGACCCAUUCCUUAGACCCUGUUACUAUUACAUGAGGUGCUUUUUCUAAUACAUGGAAAAAGAGAUUGCUCAUUGAAGGAAAGAGAAAACUGGACUCUGUGAUGUUAAGAUAUUAAUAUAGAUCAGUACCUGAAAGAAUCAUUUAAAAUUGUUAAACAGUGGGCAGGCAAAGAUUGAUGUGAACUUUCACUUUUCACCUACUUGUGUCUUGUUAUGUAGACUGACUAGAGACUUAGCCCUGGGCUUAAUUCAAACCAUCCUGGUCCAUGGCAAGUAAAAGCUUUAUAUGUGCAGCUCCCCAGCCAGAAAUAGAAUAGACUGCAUCCUGUAACAUGUCACAUUUGCAUUUCAUAUCACUAAGAAUAUAGGAAAGGUUUGUAAAGUUGAUGUAUACACAAAAUAAUAAAAUAUUAAUGAUUUUUUUUAAGUUAAAAGACCUUUUUCUUACCUCAGUGUAUGUUUUGGAAUCUAAGGUAAAGAUACAUGCUGAUAUUCUAGCAUGGCUUAGUGGGUUUUUUAGGGGGAAAUAAACACUGUAAUGUGAAGUCCAGUUGUGAAAAGAAAACAAGCUUGAGACUUAGGUUGUGAGACUCACAACUGCUUAUACUCUGUACCUGACUUUGUAUGGAGAACAGGGCUUAUAUGUAAUAAAUGAGUGUAUCAUGUACUCUGUAUGUGUGUACAUGUAAUUGAAUAAAUUCUAUUUUUGUAAUGGA